AUGAUGGCUUCAGCACAGAAAGCAACCAAGCUCUGGGGUGGCAGAUUCUCUGGGGAGCUUGACCCGUUGAUGGUCACUUAUAACGAAUCAAUCAAUUUCGACAAGGUGUUUUACGCCCAGGACAUCCAAGGUUCAAUCGCCUUUGCUCGUGCCAACGUUGGAACCGGCAUUCUUACCAAGGAGGAGUUCACCGCCAUCGAAAAGGGAUUGACGCAGGUGCUUCAAGAGUGGAAGGAUGGUAAAUUCGUUAUCCAGCAUGGCGUAGAUGAGGAUAUUCACACCGCCAACGAGCGUCGGUUGGGAGAGAUCAUCGGGAAGGAUAUUGCGGGGAAGCUCCACACAGGCCGGAGCCGAAAUGACCAGGUUGCGACGGACUUGCGAAUGUGGCUCCGAGACGAGCUCCGUGAGGCUGAGAAGUUCCUCGUUGAGCUGCUCACUAUCCUCACCGAUCGUGCUGCCUUGGAUAUUGAUUAUUUGAUGCCAGGCUACACCCAUCUUCAGCGUGGACAGCCUGUACGAUGGAGUCACUGGAUGCUUAGCUACGGCUCUGCAUUCCUCGGCGAUCUCGAACGCCUCCGCGAGGUAAUAAAGCACGUCAACAAGUGCCCACUUGGAUGCGGUGCUCUUGCAGGAAAUGCGUUUGGAAUUGACAGAGUUGCUAUGGCAGAAGAACUUGGAUUUGAAGGCCUGAUUCUGAACAGCAUGGCUGGUGUUGGAGACCGAGAUUUCAUCCUCGAAGCUCUGCAGUGGGCGUCGACUUUGAUGCUGCACCUAUCUCGCUGGAGCGAAGAUUUGAUCAUCUAUAGCACGACUGAGUUUGGGUUCGUCAGGCUAUCCGAUGCAUAUACCACCGGUAGCUCGCUGAUGCCACAGAAGAAGAACUGUGACUCUCUCGAGUUGCUUCGCGGCAAGUCGGCACGACUCUUUGGCAGUAUGGCCGGCCUGACCAUGACUAUCAAGGGUAUCCCAUCUACCUAUAACAAGGAUCUGCAGGAGAGUGUCCAGCCGAUGAUUGAAAGCAUGAAGACUGUCAAGGACAGUGUUUUGAUCGCAACUCGUGUCCUCGCAACGCUCACAGUCUUCCCCGAGAAGAUGCUUGCAGCUCUAAGCCCCGACAUGCUCGCUACUGACCUUGCUGAAUACUUGGUUCGCAAGGGUGUUCCAUUCCGAGAAACUCAUCAUAUCUCUGGCCGCGUUGUUGCGUUGGCGGAGAAGGAGAACAUUCCUAUGGACAAGUUGACUCUCUCUCAGUUUAAGGGUGUCGAUGAGCGAAUUGGCGAUGACGUAUUGGAGGUAUUCAACUAUGAGCGCUCCGUUGAGCUCAAGUCCGCCAUUGGCGGUACUAGCAAAUCAGCUGUCCUGAAGCAGAUCGAGACGCUGAGAAAGUCACUGUAA